AUGGACCAGAAUAAUCUAGGAAACAUCCUGCCCUUGCCUCCCGGCGUGACACCCACCGGCAAUGGCAUGUCGACAACCCCAUUGACAUCGAAUCCCAAUCUGGGAAUGUCCUCACUUCCUGAAAUAGCUCCCAUGCUCGCCCAGCAGCAACACGACAGAACGGGCCGACCUCCUCCAGACCCAAUGAGAGCGUACCGAGCCUGUCUCAAUUGCCGAAACAGGAAGAGCAAAUGUGAUUUGGAUCUCAAUGCGGGCAGACCACCAUGUCGACGGUGUCAUAGAGAGGCAAAGGAAUGUAUCCUCGGCGAAAGCCAUCGAGGUGGAAAACGAGUGCGAAAGAAGCCUAGAUUGGACGAUGAAUCAAACAGGGAAGCAAACGCUCCUUUGAAUACGGGAUUUCAAGGAGCAGAAUCAAGCAACCCCACCACACCCACCUCUGUCGGCUUUUCUCAAUCCACAGACCCAAGCCCAACUUACAAUCAGAUCUCUGCUCCUCCAACACCUCAGGCACCUCAGCCAUUUCAAAAUCCAUACACUGGCCGAACAGAACAUCCAUCCUAUGCCUGGCCACCGCUACCGACACCUGCGACCACUGCUGCCUCGGACUCUUCCAGACAAACAGACCAUGCGAAUGUACCUUUUGCUCCUCUACCAGACCCCAACAACAGACAUGCACUAACUUCAGCACAGCUUGCAAGUCCUCUGAUUGAUCCAGCGCUGACACGAACCCGACAAGAAUCGACAGUCACCAUCAUGGGCAAAUCUGGUGACCGGAUUGCCGCUCAUGAAAAGAUUGCUUCGGCAGAUUUACAGAACCCGUCAGACGCGUUAGAUAUUCUUGCUCAGGUGGCAGAUCGAGCCGAUGAAGACUCCCCACCUAGUGACCACAAUAACAGCCAAGCGAGACAACAUCAGCCUCGUUCACUACCCAAGAUAGACCACAAUCCCGGAAAGCUGGACGAUACCAUCUUUCAUUACAAGCCCCUUCAAGAUGGUUUGAUUAGCCCAGAGCAGGUCUACCAACUUUUUUCCGAUUACGAGGAGUUCUUUCAUCCCUUUUUUCCGAUUAUACCUCGGUCUUCUUUCGUUCGCUCAAGAUUGCCAUGGCUGUCUCGUCACGAACCACAUUUAUUCUCGGCCAUACUGACAGUCGCAUCCAAGUAUGAUGAACGUGCUAAUCAGGUGUGUUACAAUCAUAACCAGCAUCUCAUCUCCAUGAUAUUAGCUGGUGCAGACGCAAACGUAGAGGCAGUCGAAGCGUUACUUCUUCUGUCACAAUGGGUCUCGCAUCGCCCGCAGGCUUCAAAGGCGGUCGGAAAGGGUGAGGAAGAUCGAGUGGCAUGGAUGUAUAUUGGUACGGCGUUACGGCUAGGGUAUUUCCUGGGUAUUGAUAGAACAUCUUUCAAGAGCGAUUCGCAUGAAGACCCAGCCAUAUUCAACCGAAAGCGACUUGUUUGGGCAGCGUGUUAUAUCUGUGACCGCCAAGUCUCUGUCCGGAUUGGAAAAGGAUUUUGGGCAAGAGGACCUGGGCCAUUAUCUGGUCUUCGGUCGGAGGACUUUCCAACACUCCAACCAAUACGUCCAGGUGCCGACGAUUGGUCAUUAAUUUUCCAAGCGAAUCUUGAACUGACUCAGAUAUUCUCCAACGUUCACGACAUACUGUACUCUUCCAAAGGUCAUGGUUGGAAGGAAAUGCUGGAGGGACGAUAUGCAAAAUAUUUGGAUGACUUCCGAACCUCAAUUCGAUCGUGGAACGAAACCUGGGGAUCAUUUAUAUGCUCCGAAAAGUUGAAGGCUAGUUUGAUGUUGACUUACGACUAUCUCCGACUCUAUGUCAACGCUUUCGCGUACCAGGCGACCAUAUCACGCGCUAUAUCAUUCCGCCGCGAUAGUCAACACAAUCCAAAUCGACCAAUGCCUCUUAUCAACGCUUCCGCGCCCGAUGCCAGAUUCAUAUACGAGGCUCUCGACGCCGCAAAAUCCCUCCUCACAACCCUGAACAACUUUGUCCCCGCAGAAACUCUGCGUUACAUGCCCUCAUCUUACUACCUCUUCAUCGUCUACAGCGCUGUCUUCCUCUACAAAGCCCGCUCAACAACAACUAUGACCGAAGAGGAGCGCAGCAGCGUCCGCGAAAUGAUCAAUUUAACCACCGAACGAUUCGAAAAAGCCUCCCUGGGCACAAACCACAUGGGCUCCCGCUACUCGCGCCUCCUCCGCAUGCUCUGGCGGAAAUCUCCCAGGAAAGCACGCGAUGAAGCUGCGCGCAUCACCGGCUCUUUAAACGGAAUAUCGAACUCCGCACCCCCACAGUACAACCCACCUGGUCAAUUCGGGCAUUUGCCUAUGAACAACAUGAACAUGCAGUUCCCACAGGCGUCAACCGGGACAUUCAGUUGGCUGGACCUCCCCGCGACCUGGAAUUUCGUGACGCAGAACAAUAGUAGUGAUGGGGAGACGGAUGCGGGGAUGAUUCUGGGUGACGGGUUGAGUCCGUUCGAUACGGAUUUGACGUUGCCGAUGACGGAUUACUCGUUAUUGGAGGGGGAUAAUCCGAAUUUGGUUUUUUAG